ACGUUCCCUAAAAAUGGAAUGGGAGGGUGUCAAAAACUGGGUACUGAAAACUGCAUAGGGUUUUCUCAAAUUGCACACCCCUACUGAUCAUGAUUAGUCUUCAUAGCAUUAUCUGUUUUCUUUUUUCUAUCAGGAACUGCAUCAAAAGAAGACGCACCAAAGCAGGAACGGAACACAAUGGCUGAUUCCAACCUGUCCCUGAGGACUCUGCCCAAUCCUGAAAUGUGGUAUAAUGGAACAGAAAAAGAGGCAGUGUUACCAAGUGUAGUGAUAUUUCUGACAACCAUCAUGGCUCUUUCUACCAGCCUUUUGGGAUUUGUAGGGAACGGGGUUGUCUUCUGGCUUCUUGGCUUCUGCAUUAAGAGAAAUCCUUUCACUACCUAUGUCUUGAACCUAGCCAUAGCUGAUUUUGGUGUGGUCACAGCUAUUGUUGCUAUAAAUACAAUUUGGCUUGCACAAUUACUCACCUAUGUAGACAUGCAUCACUUCUCAAUAAUAUUCUUUAACACUCUCUUUCGAUUCAUGUUCAGCACUAGUCAGUGUCUACUGUCGCUCAUCAGCAUUGACAGGUGUGUUUGUGUCUUCUUUCCAUUUUGGCAUCGAUGCCACCGACCACCAUAUCUGUCCCCCACUCUGUGUGCUGUAAUAUGGAUUUUCAACUUUCUUUUUUUGUUUAGCGAUAUAGUCCUUCCAAUAAUCAUUCAAAAUGAUAACCUCUCGUACUAUCUAUUCUUCCUGAAUACAGUGGUUUGCACAUCACUUAUGACCAUCUGCACUGUAGCGCUACUAAUUAAAAUCUGCAUAAUAUCCCCUCAAUACAAGCGGGGGAAGCUUCUAACAGUCAUCUUGCUCACCCUUCUCUUCUUCCUCUUCUUUACGUUUCCAAUGAAUGCUAUUCAAUACUUCUCAGAUGAUGUCCCUCUUUUAAAUGAUCCCUAUUACUAUGAAUAUGCUUUCCUUGGUGCCUAUAUAAACAGUACUGUUAACCCCCUCAUCUAUUUUUUGAUUGGGAAAGAGAAGAGGGACCGAUCUGGGGAGAAAGUAAAGAAAAUACUAGCCAGACUUUUCACAGAGAAUGAAAAUGAUACGGAAGAAAUGAAAACCUCAGUCCAAACCCAAUUGUGAUGCUUUUAUAUGAGCUGAAAUCAUGACUGAAAAUAAUGCAUCUCAGCGGAAACAUGCGGCCUUCAGGAUAUUAUUACAGCCAUUCUGACUCUAUUUCAUCACAUUUCUGAUACACAAAAACCUUAUAAAGCAAUAUUGAAGUGUCCAAAAUGGUAUUGCGCCAGGGAGAGAAGGUGUCGUACUGCUAGCGGAAUGCAAAUAUUUACAUAAUUUAAUUUGAUCCUAUAUGCAAGAAUAAUGAAUACUAAUUCUUAUUCUAGACCCAAUAAUAAUUGUCAAUAAAAACAGACAAAUUACAAACCCAUCAGAAAUAGUAUGUGGCAAAUGAAGAAUCCAAUGUAAAGUGGAAAAAAUCCUAGUUGGCUUUCAUAUUGCAUAGGGGCAGGUAGCAUGUGUAUAUCACCAGUAUAAUAAUAAUAAUAACUUUAUUCAUGUAUCCCACCCCAUCUCCCCAAGGGGACUUGGGGUGGCUUACAUGGGGAGCAAGCAGAGUAAUGUACAAUAAAGUACAACAACAUAAAAUACAUUCCAGUUGACAACAACCUAACCAGUAGCCAAUGGCCGGCACAAUGGUGUAUUCAAUAUUAGAGGCAAGGGAAUAAAUUAUACUUGUGCAGUAUAUUGAGGGUACUAAUAAGAUAGGCCAGUGAUAAAGUGCAGUAGGAGUCUAUAUUGUAUGGCAAUGCAACUUGUUUAGAGAUGCUGAUCUACCUUAGUGAGUCUGUGCAUCUUCCCAUAGCUGAUAUUAUUUGAUUAGCUCUGUCAUUUGUGUUAUGUUAGAACUGCCAUGACUGCAAUCUUGUGUGUCCAGGUGCAUAGUUUGUGCAAUACACAGAGGCAUUAUGGCUGCAUACAAUGCCAGGGCCUUGUGAAUAUCCUCUUUAAACCACAAACAAUUUCUGAUUACAGUCUAUGUUGAUUACAAUCUGUGUUCACCUGGAAUGCCCUAAACUCAGAGCUUUAGUAGACAUUGCUUUCCUUCCAGUAUCAAGUUAAAAUUUGACUGUUUUAUUCUUAAUUUGUACAUUUAUUAUCUGUACAUAGCUUUCAAUUAACUAGUCCAAUUGUUUAAUACUUUUAGUUUGUAAUUUAUUUCCACCAUCUUAAAACCUGAGUGGUUCUUCAAAUAUGUAAAUCACACUCAAAAUACUCCUUUAUACAGACAUGCAUUAGAAAGUCCUGAUUUAUAUGAUUAGUCUUAAGGGAUACUUCUUCAGGGAAAGUAGCAUUUCCUAUGCUACAGAAAUUCGCCACAAGAUCCCCUCACAUAUGAAUUCUAUUGUGCGUAAUAUUAAGAAAAUAUUAUUUCCUUUGAGAGAUCGAUGAAGCAUAUACUCUUAUUUUUAAGGUUUGCCAACGUGACUUUUUAAACUGCAGUGUGGCAUCAUCUAACUAGCAUUGACAAAUUAAGGGAGUUGAUUUUAAAGCAAGGAAGAAUUAGAGAGAGAGGGAAAGCUAAGGCACAUGCUGAAUGUAUAAAGCAUUGCAUUAGAGAUGCUCUACUAUGAGUUUGGGAUAGGUGUAAGCAGAGAGUUUCUCUUUCAUGAGAUAAUAUUGACCACCAAAUUGUGGGAAGCCUUUAAUUUUUUAGCAAAUAAUGGGUUAAAAUUGGAGAUGGCUGCUUUAUGAUGAUCAUUUGUAUUUGUAACAAGAUAACCAUAUGUAAUCCAGCACACAACCCACCCACCCAACCCCCUUUUUGCUGCUACUGAGCAUAAUUCAAAGUGCAGGUUUUGGCCUAUAAAACCCUAAAUGACUCCGGUCUAGCUUACCUAUUCGAAUAUAUCUCCCUUUAUGAACCAGUUCAAGCACUACGAUCUUCUGGGGUGGUCCUGUUCUCGAUCCCACCACCUUCGCAAAUGAGAUUGAUGGUGAUGAGAGACAAGGCCUUCUCGGUGGUGGCCCCUUGGCUGUGAAAUUCCCUUCCUAGCAAGAUCAGAUCUGCUCCCUUCCUCCUGGCAUUUAGGAAAUAAGUUGAGAACUGGCUAUUCAAACAAGCUUUUGGGGAAUGACAAGAAUGCAAUCUAGCAUCAUGAGACAAUAUGGUCAGAAAUUAAGCAGCCAAAUUAUGACUAAAGAUUGAUGCAAUGUGGUAUUGUGUAUUGGAUUUAUCAUGCUUAAUAUGUUACUGGUUUUACAUUGUAUAUUAUGUUUACCAUUUUAAUAAUUUUAUGUUAUGUCUUAACAAUGUAUAUAAUUGAAGCAUUGAAUGUUUGCCCAAAUAUAUGAUGUAUGCCGCUCUAAGUCCCCUGCAGGGUGAGAAGAGUGGGAUAUAAAUGAAGUAAGUAAGUAAAUAAAUAGAUAGAUGUUAAUGUCAAGACGGAUGGUUCUUAAGGAAAGCAAAGAUCUUAAUUGGUUUGUUCAUGUGCAUCUGAAGGACAGAUUUUAUCAGGAUAAGUGAAAUACAGCAGCACA